GGUUCUUUUGUGUUCGUCGAUCAAGAAGCUGGCUAAAAUUGUAUUGGUUGGUGAUUGUAUAGUUUUGAUUUUAGAGAUAAUGAACAGUAGGAGCUGUAUCUGUGUCUCUGCGAUGAAACCCUGUCGUAGAUUUCUUAUUAGUUUUACAAGUUCCUCGCUUUUCGGGUUUUCUCCCCCGAACUCUGGCAAAUUCAUCAAUUCGUCGAAGUUACACUGUACAAAGAUUGAUUCCAGGAGUAUUAGAUCUGGUAUUCAUUGCCGUCGGAUUGUUCUGGAUCGGGAUGGUUUUUGUGAUUCCGAUUCCAUUAGUUGGGGAGGAGGAGGAUCUAGAGUUUUAAGAGCUAGAGGUAGUAGAGGAAGAGGAAGGGGUGUUUUAGUAAUUCCCCGUGUAGCUUCAGAUUUUAGGAACCAUUCGACUUCUUCGUUGGAUUCUCAUGUAAAUGAUAAGAGCUUUCAGAGUAUGUUUGUGAAGCCACUAGUUUUUAAGGAUGUGGAAAAAACUGAAAGGAUACCGAAAAAGGAAAGUGUUAAUGGAGGAGGAAAAGAUGCUAAUUUUGGAAAUGUGGGUGUAAGAAAGGAAACAGAACGGGGUUUGAGCCAGACUGAGGUUGAGAAGGAGGCGUGGAAGCUGCUUCGUGGUGCCGUGGUGAAUUACUGCGGGUUCCCGGUGGGGACUGUAGCGGCUAAUGAUCCAGGGGAUACACAGACUUUGAAUUAUGAUCAGGUGUUUAUUCGCGAUUUUGUUCCUUCGGCGUAUGCUUUUAUGCUUGAUGGAGAAGGGGAGAUUGUCAGAAAUUUUCUCCUUCAUACAUUGCAGUUGCAGUUCCAGAGCUGGGAGAAAACAGUGGACUGUCACAGCCCUGGCCCAGGGCUAAUGCCAGCGAGUUUUAAAGUGAAAUCUGGGCCACUUGAGGGAAAUGAUGGUUCAUUUGAGGAGUUUUUAGAUCCAGACUUUGGUGGAUCAGCCAUUGGGCGUGUUAGCCCUGUUGACUCUGGUUUGUGGUGGAUCAUAUUGUUGAGAGCUUAUGGAAAGCUCACGGGUGACUACACGUUGCAAGAGCGAAUUGAUGUUCAAACAGGGAUCAAGUUGAUACUAAAGCUAUGUCUUGCCGAUGGCUUUGACAUGUUCCCGACUCUUCUUGUGACUGACGGAUCAUGUAUGAUUGAUCGAAGAAUGGGCAUUCAUGGGCAUCCACUUGAAAUCCAAGCAUUGUUCUACUCUGCUCUCCGCUGUGCUCGAGAGAUGCUUAUUGUGAAUGAUGGAACCAAGAACUUAGUUGCUGCAGUUAACAAUCGCCUAAGUGCUUUAUCGUUCCAUAUCAGAGAGUACUAUUGGGUGGAUAUUAAGAAAAUCAACGAGAUAUACCGUUACAACACUGAGGAGUAUUCAGCAGAUGCAACCAACAAGUUUAACAUAUAUCCGGAUCAGAUCCCUACUUGGCUUGUCGACUGGAUUCCUGAUAAAGGCGGUUACUUCAUAGGAAAUCUUCAGCCUGCUCACAUGGAUUUCAGAUUCUUCACGCUUGGAAACCUCUGGGCCGUUAUUUCAUCUCUGGGAAACCAAGAACAGAACGAAGGAGUCAUGACACUUAUCGAAGAGAAAUGGGAUGAUCUUGUUGCAAACAUGCCUCUCAAAAUUUGUUUUCCGGCUCUAGAGAAAGAUGAAUGGCGAAUAAUUACCGGAUCUGAUCCAAAGAACACGCCUUGGUCAUACCACAAUGGCGGAUCCUGGCCAACUCUCCUCUGGCAGUUUACAUUGGCUUGUAUCAAGAUGGGGAAGCUCGAACUGGCGAAGAAAGCAGUUGCUGUAGCAGAGAAAAGGCUCAAGGAAGAUGAGUGGCCUGAGUAUUAUGACACGAAAAGCGGGAGAUUCGUGGGGAAACAAUCAAGGCUUUACCAGACUUGGACCAUCGCAGGUUUCUUGGCAGCUAAGAAACUCAUAGAGCAACCUGAGAAAGCAUCACUCUUGUUCUGGGAAGAGGACUAUCAGCUACUCGAGACUUGUGUCUGUGGCCUGAGUAAAAGCAGCGGAAGGAAGAACAAGUGUUCGCGUUUCACACCUCCAAGAUCUUAGUUUACUAGUUUCCUGAAACUUAACAAGCACAAGAACAAAAGUUCAUAUUUAAUCAUAUUUUCUUUUAGUAACAUAUCUGAUCUUGACGUAAACAUUAUCUUUGUGAAGUUUCUUUCCAGCUAGUAGGCAAAAAACAUCCUUGCUAAUUAGGACGAUGAAUCAGUGUCUAAGUAAACGUAUUUUUAAUUU